AUGAAUGUCCAGAACGCCCUCUCUGAAGAGAAUCUGCAAGCAGAGGAACCCCAAGCGGACGGUCUCCGGCCGUACGAGGACCCGACGAAGCGCUUCGCCAUCCGGGUGCCGGCGGCGUGGGAGCAGCGCGACAAGGCGGGCGCGACGGCACUCUUCGCGAGCCCCGAGCGGCGCGGCGACACCCUGGGCGUGGUGGUGAACCCCGUGCGCGUGCGAUCGCUGCGCGACUUUGGCGACAUUGACCUCGUCGCGACCAGACUGCUGGACGCGGAGCGACGCAAGGAGAGCACCAAGAGCGCAGAGAUCUUGUCUCAGAGAACCAAGGAGCUGGCAGGGGGUAUCCCGCUGUACCAGAUAGAGUACGCACUCGCCAGCACCAGAGGCAGCAAGCGGAUACUAACAGCAGUGACUAUAGCGGAUAGGAAGCUGUACAUUGUUAACAUUGCAGUGGCGGAUUCGGAGAGUGAGCCAGUGGAUCUUACCACCCUGGGAUUGCUCCGCAGAGCUCUGGACUCGUUUGCCCUGCUGGGCUGA